AUGGUGCCAGUUGAUCGCCUGGCUGCCGUCGCCGCGGAUGAAGUGGGCAGCGACUCGGCCAGCAUCACCGGCAAUGGUGCCAACGGUCUUCCAGUUGACAGCCUCGCUGCCAUCCUCCCGACUAACGAAGCCUUUUCCGAAUUGCUUGUUGUCGUUGCCGACAUGGUGCCAGUUGAUAACCCAUAUUUUUCUCCACGGGCCUUCCUGGAGGGAAACAUGACGCUAACACUUUGGCCGCCAAACUGGUCGCUUUUCGAGGAUUCCAGGAUCGAGGCUCGAAGUGUAUUUGCGGUGCUUCGAAUGAGUUCUCAGCCUCCCGAGCCAAGCGCAUUGUAUUUCACGUCACGCAACUCAGUACAAUGA